CGCAGAUGCAGACUGAAGGAACGGUGGUUUGAGGUCGAAUUGAGGAGAUUCAUUUCUUUAAAAUAAAAUAAGAAUGCCGGGUGAUCACGACAAAGAUGUGUAUUCCGAACCACCUCGUCGUACACCGGUAGUGGACAAACAGACUGCUCUCCCAAACCCUGCGCUGAUUUUAACUAAAUUGUUCUAUUACUCGGUGGAUCUACCUGUCACCACAUUCAGAGGCUUGGUGGAAAGCUUUCGCGGAAAUAACAAGUUCUACUACUACCAUGAGAAGUUCCGCCGCGUUCCCGAACUGACCGAUUGCCAGGUGGGAGACUACCCAUGUUACUACGAGGCGGAAAUGCAGUGGCGGAGAGAUCAUAAAGUGGACCAGGAGAUUGUGAAGAUAAUCCAGGAGCGCCUCCGCGCCUGCCAGCAGCGCGAGGGGAACAGCUACCAGCAGAACUGCGCCAGGGAGCUGAAGCAGUUCGAGGAGGUCACCAGGGCCUACCAGUCGCGCUACGGGGACCUGGGGGCGUAUGGCAGCGCACGCAAGUGCCUGAUGAAGCAGAAGCACAGAAUGAUGGAAAGCCAGAAACAGGCAGCCUGAGAAGAGGCCCGAGAACGAGUGUGUGGAACUGCGUCUGUCAA